AUAAAAGAAGAGAACACAAAUCAGUUCUAAAAGUGAAGUAGUGAUUUCAGUAAAUUGGAAAACUUGCAAACAAUUAGGAUUUAUCUUUAACCAUUAAGUGAAGAAACAUAGCUGGAAAAUGAACACAGGUGAGGAAAAUAUGUCAUUUCUCCUUUUAUCUGGAAUUCUUGUAUGUGUGGGAACAGUGGAGCUGAAAUAGUCAUCAAGUCAUUUUUCUGGAAGGCCUUUUCUCCUCAGAGGACUAGUGAAGAAUUACUUGAUAGAACAUGGGAAGCAGUGUGGUAGAGAGAAACAGAGUGGAUCCUCCAGAUGGAGGCUGGGGCUGGGCUGUGCUGUUUGGUGGCUUCAUUAUCACUGGUUUCUCCUACGCUUUCCCUAAAGCCAUUAGUGUGUACUUUAAAGAACUAAUGCGGGACUUUGGCUGUGGCUACAGUGACACGGCAUGGAUUUCCUCUAUCAUGCUUGCCAUGCUUUAUGGCUCAGGUCCACUUUCCAGUAUCAUGGUUAACAGGUUUGGAUGUCGCCCAGUGAUGUUGAUUGGGGGAUUGUUUGCCUCAGCAGGCAUGAUUGGGGCCUCUUUUACCACCAACAUCAUCCAACUUUACCUUACUGCUGGAGUCAUUACAGGGCUUGGUCUAGCUCUAAAUUUUCAGCCCUCACUUAUAAUGCUUGGGUGUUAUUUUGACAAACGGAGACCUCUGGCCAAUGGACUAGCAGCAGCUGGGAGUCCAGUCUUUCUCUCAGCUCUUUCCCCACUAGGACAAGUGCUGAUGGAUCGCUUUGGCUGGAGGGGUGGCUUUCUGAUCAUGGGAGGGCUGUUGCUUAACUGUUGCAUCUGUGGUGCUGUUAUGAGACCUUUGGGAUACAAAGUUCGGAAAUCUACAACCAGGGAUGAAUCAAAUGCUCACGAGCUGAAAGAGAUGCUCCCAUCAAAGGAGGAGAAUAAUCUGGAGAAGGCUCAGAAGGAAAGCCCCAAGAAAAAGAAACUCCUUGACUUCAGUGUGCUCCGUGACAAGGGACUUAUCAUUUAUAUAAUAGCCAAAUUUGUAGUUGUGCUUGGUCUGUUUGUCCCUACAAUUCUCUUGGUCAACUAUGCUAAAGAUCAAGGAGUGCCUGAUCAGGAAGCUGCCUUCCUCCUCUCCAUUAUUGGAUUUAUUGACAUCUUUGCUCGACCCACAUGUGGUCUGAUGGCAGGAGUAAAGUGCAUACGAGCCAAAAUGCCCUAUUUCUUCAGCUUGGCCUUAAUUCUAAAUGGCCUUACAGAUGUCUGCUCAGCCAGAAGUACAGACUACAUGGGAUUAGUGAUCUUCUGUGUAUUCUUUGGCCUUUCUUAUGGAAUGGUGGGUGCAUUGCAAUUUGAAGUGCUUAUGGGAAUUGUGGGGACUAACAGUUUUUCCAGUGCCCUUGGUUUAGUGCUCCUUAUAGAAGCAGCAGCUGUGCUCAUUGGACCUCCUUCUGCUGGACGAUUAGUGGAUACUUACAAGAACUAUGAGCUGAUUUUCUACAUGGCUGGUGGAGAGUUGAUGGCUGCUGGCAUAUUCCUUGCCAUUGCAUCUUAUUGCUGCAUUAAGCUCCAGAAGAACAAGGACAAAUCUGUCAUCCAGGAAGCUGAUAUUGAGGGCAACAGUAACCAUAUUAAUCAUGAAUCUAACCAUGCUAUGAACAAUAGUUCAUGUUAAAUCUGAAAUAAUUCAAAUAACUUUGACAGUAAGUGAUAUUUACGUAUUAAUCGUAUUAAUAGUGGAUAUGAUUUAAAUCAUUGUCCUUUCGCUAAGUACACUUUAUUUGAUGAAUAAAUUAUAUUUUGCAGCCCUAUUAGUCAGUCUAUAUUUCCUUGUUGUUUUAGAUUACGUUAGAUUAUUACUGUUUUUUGACAGUGUGAGAGUGAGUUUUGGGUCUUGCAUUCAUAAAUCUCUCUGUGAAUUUUG